UUAAUUAAUUAAUCAAUUAAUGGAUAUGAUCAAGACUUUUUUUAUUUAUAGGAUUUAUCUACUUUAAAAUUAGCAUGUUAUAAUCCGAGUAACCAGGACAAAGUUGCGAAUCGAGCAGGACUGUGAAAAGAAAAGGCGCAUUUAUUUAGAAUUGACAUGCGGAGCAUCCCCGCACCAAUCCGGCUGGGUGUCCCACCUGUGAGCAAACACCCACCCACCCACACACACACACACACAAACAAGCACGCAUACACACAGACACUCAGGUUCCCACAGCAUUCACGUGCGCGGACACACCAGGCUUUCCUAUCAGCUCCUGUGGCCUCGGCGCAGAACAAGGGCGCCUUUCAGUCCAUCAUACAGCUGCACAUGGCCGAGACACACUGGCUCACUGUUAGAGCAGAACUGAUAGAUAAAGAGGCUAAAAAAGAGGUAAGGUGGAGUGAAAGCGAGCGAAGUGCAGCAUGUGAAAUGUGAAAUGCAGUAGACAGAGAGCACAGGCUAAACAAGCAGAGGCAAGCCGUGGUUUCCUAACAAGUCGAUUUUAGGCUGGUCUACCUGUACCCUCAGGGGCUAGGAAAAAAUACCCGUUCUCAUAAUAUAUGAGUCUCUCUAUAGCAGAUAUGCCAACACUCAUCAACACUCAUCGAGUUUUGAUUGCUUACUCUUUUUUUCCCCACUCUUACCCCUUCACUACCCUCUUCUAAUUGUCUUUUUCAAUGAUGUUUAAUUCACAUUGCUCACUCUGCCGUGUUUCACAAGAACUCUCUAGUCACCCACUGGCUUUGUCUCUAGCAGUCCUGCCCUCCCUCUUUCACACAUGCACACACACACACACACAAUCACACACACAUACUAAUGCACAUGACAGUUCCUUUAUCUCUCAGAGCCAGUGCUUGUAGGGGACUUGUGUGUAUUGACCAGUUUUGGCUUGCUGCUCAUUUUGGAAGAUUCCCUUCUUGACACACUUUAUUUCGCUGACAGUCUUUCACCAUUCUGAACUUGUCGUCGCUCGAGUGGGAGUUUUUCUUCUUCUUUUUUUUUUCUUUUUUCUUCUUGUGGUCGGUUGGUUUGUUUUCGCUCUGCUGUUUACUCAAUUAGGUAGAGGUGUGGUAGAGAGCGAGAAAGAAAUCGUGCAGCUGCUAGUGUACAGGUCUGGUGCUCUGGGUGCUACUGAACAGGACUGAGAAGAUCCUCUCAGGCAGAGAGAGAGAGAGAGAGAGCAAGAGAAAGAGAAAGAGAGAGAGAGAGAGAGAGAAAGAGAAAGAGAGAGAGAGAGAGAGAGGUUGGACCCAGCGUCUCUGUUGUGGGCAUAAACAGAGUGUGACAAGCCAACCGAUCGACAGCACAGCCUCAUGGGAAAGUAGGGCCCCAGGACUUGUGAACAGAUGCCCAUACGCAUCCAGAAAAUCAGCGCAGGAGUUCAGAACAGAGAAGAUCAUCCAUAUGCCAUGAUUCGAAAAGAAAAAAAAAGCAGGAAGUCACGCCAGGAAGGAGGAAGCAUGAAGAAGACCAGGAGGCCGGUACAGAGAAGGAUGACCUGUCCGAGUCCUCAGGAGAUCAGCCGGGCGCUACAGAGCCCUACUAUACCUGCGAGUGCUCGUGCUGCCAGUCUGGACGAGCUCAUCCAGCGCUGUCUGCACUGCUUCGACUCUGAAGGGAAAUUAAUCCGAGGUAUGCAGCUGGUCAAUAUGACUCUGAUGAUGCACAACUGGGUUGUACCGUCACACAUCUUUGCCCAUAAACUGCUCUCUCUCUACAAGGACUGUCCUGCGGAGAAGAGACCCCAGAGAAGACCUCAGAUCUGCCAGUUCAUAAGGCACUGGAUAGCUCAUUAUCCUCUGAUGUUUGAGACGGAUCCGCUGUUGGAGGAGGUCAUGGGGGACAUGUGUGCUCUGGUCAGGGCUGAAAAGGACACCCACUGCCAGCUGAUUGAUACUCCAUACCCUAAUCCUCCUACGGACAUCUGCCUGGCUCCCUCACCCUCAGUGAAGAAGAGGAAGGUGUCUCUGCUGUUUGACCACAUGGAGGCUGACCAGAUGGCCGAGCACCUCAGUUACCUGGAGUUCAAAAACUUCUGCAGCGUUUCAUUCCUGGAUUACCGGAGCUACAUGGUGCACGGCUCGGUGAGGAAUAACCCGGCUCUGGAACGCUCUGUCAUGCUGUGUAACGGUGUCUCGCAGUGGGUCCAGCUCAUGAUCCUCAACAGACACACUCCACAGCAAAGGGCUGAAGUCUUCACAAAAUUCAUUCAUGUAGCACAGAAACUAAGGUCCCUGCAGAAUUUCAACACUCUGAUGGCAGUCAUAGGCGGUCUGUGUCACAGUUCCAUCUCCCGACUCAAGGACACGGCCAGUCUACUCUCCUCUGACAUCACCAAGGCGCUGAGCGAGCUCACAGAGUUGCUCUCCUCCUACAGUAACUACAAUAACUACAGACGAGUGUACAAUGAGUGUAGCGGUUUUAAAGUGCCUAUCCUGGGUGUGCACCUUAAAGACCUUAUCUCUCUGAAUGAGGCACUGCCUGACUACCUGGAGGGUGACAAGAUCAACCUGGGAAAGCUACAGCACCUGUUCAGUAACAUCAGCGAACUGCUGGCCAUCCACAAGUGCAAGCCACCGUUCGAGGCCAACAAAGACCUGCUGCACCUGCUAACGCUUUCCCUGGACCUGUACUACACCGAAGACCAGAUCUACGAGCUCUCCUACGCCAAGGAACCCAAGAAUCCCAAAAUACAGCCUGUAACCCCAGUGAAGCCCCCUGUGGUUGCCGAAUGGGGGUCAGGGGUGACUCCACGCCUCGACCCGGACACCAUCUCUAAACACGUCAAACAGAUGGUGGACUCGAUCAUGAAGAAUUAUGAUCUGAACAUGGAUGGCUACAUCUCUCUGGAGGACUUUGAGAAGAUAGCUGCUAAUUUUCCUUUUUCCUACUGUACUCAUGAAAGUGACAGGGAAGGAAAAAUUAGCAAAGAGGAGAUCACGUCCUAUUUCAUGCGAGGGAUGUCAGUAUGUGCUAAGCUGGGCUUCAACCUCCACAACCUGCACAACUUCCAUGAGAUGACGUACAAGAGGCCCACCUUCUGCGACACCUGCCGAGGAUUUCUAUGGGGAGUCAUAAAGCAAGGAUACCACUGCAAAGACUGUGGGGUAAACUGUCAUAAGCACUGUAAAGACCUGGUGGCAAUGGAGUGUAUGAAGUUCCAGGUUUCCGGAGGCUCCUGUCCCUGCACUCCAGGUCCAGGAUCCGGGAUAAGGACAAAGGGAAGCUGGGGUUGUGAGGAAGAAACAUUUGUGUUUCCUCAUGGAAAUGGACCUGACCACUCCAAGAGUCACGGCACACCGCAGAGCAUAGCCGAGAACGCCUCGCUGUCGGACCGCUCCACUCAGACAGACCCAGGAGUAUGGACACCAGUGGCAAACCGCAAAGACCUGCACCAUUCCAAAACUCCUUCAGCCACUGAGAAGGUACGAAAAAGAUGUCCACACUGGGAAACGUGGAUUUCAACUUUACAGAUGUCUGGAGUUCCUGAAAUUUCGACUGGUGGGCUGAAGAGCAUGAAGGGAAAAUUAUUGCUGCAUAAUGCGAUAAUAUUAUGGACUAGGGGGUGUAAGGUUAUGACACUAUCUGUAUCUGUGUACAGAUUUAAACCUGAAGUGGACGUGGCAUAAACUGUAAGGGUUUUUUUUUUUUUUUUUCAGCCAGUGGGAAUAACUGGAAAGUUCAUGAUUAUUUUUUUUUUAAUCCCACUCGUGCAGUUAUUAUUUCCCUGUUUGUAUCUGCCUGUGAUAUUUCUAAUGAAUUUAAUUGGUUCUAUUUCCCAAAGUAUAAACAAACUAGAAGCCAGUGUAAACCACUGUAACCCGGACCAGGCAGCUACUAAGGAUUAAUGAAUAAACCUUGCAAAUGCAUCAUGCAGCAACUCCCGUUCAUGCUGAUGAACAUUGUCUUUCUUUAUCGCACAUGCUUUAUACCUGACUGCUCACUCACACCUGCAGGCUUCGUAUCUGACCACUUGCUCACGCCCGAGAGAUUCCUAACUAAAUCAAAUGAACAACCUCCUGCUCGCAGACCCUUUUUCCUGCGUCCCUGCGUCCCUCUAGACUCAACCAGAAGCCCUGGCAAGCUUUCUCAUAAAAAUUAGUGUCAAAAAUAAACACGAACACCGUGACUCCUAUUAGUAUCUGUAGUUAUAUCCGUUUAGAACACAUGAUCUGUUCAUUCUGAAUAAUAUAUUCAGUUACAUCCCUGUUAUAGAUGCAGGAGUAAGAGAAACCCAGUUUAAGGUUUGGGUUUAAGAUAAAGUAACCGGUUUUAAUAAACCGGCUAAUUUUAACCUGCCUUUCAAAAGGUAGUUGUGCAAAAAAGUUCCUAUUUAUUGAUUUGGGUUGUUUGUGUACACUGUGAUUUAUACCAUCCUGUAUGUGUGUGUGUGUGUGUGUGUGUGUGUGUGUGUGUGUGUGUGUGUGUGUGUGUGUGCGCACAUAUUACUCUUACUCUACAGUAAAAGUACCUUGUAUGUAGUUUUGUGUAUAGAGUACGUUUGUGGUUUUAUAUUUUCUCCAGUUGUACCGUCACUGUUGCAUACCGAAACAAACUAAAUAUACACCCACUGGCCACUUUAUUAGGAACACCUGUACAUUCAUGCCAAGACGGAUAUAGUAACUCUUAUUAAUCACUCUUUACAACCGUGGUGAGCAGAAAAGCAUCUCAGCAUGCACAAAACAUCAAAUCUUGAGGUGAAUGGGCCACAACAGCAGAAGACCGCAUUUGGUUCCACUCCUGUCAGGAAAGAACAGGAAUCUGAGGCUACCAUGGGCUAUCACCUGGUCUUUUUCUAAUGUUCAACUGUCCAGUUUCAGUGUCUUUGUGCCCAUUAUAGCUUCAGAUUCUUGCUCGAUUUGAAGCUUCUGUUGAGUUUUCUGGCCCUGAAAUUGCCUCCUUACCCAGAUAACAGGCAGAUAAUGUGCUGGCCAUUUAUCUUUUUUUAAACAGAUCAGAUGAAGCUACUUAACAAAAGUUUUUUUUUCAUUCUAAAUGCAGGCAGCAGAGAGCUAAAAAAAAAAAAAUGACAAACCUCGUCUUUAAAAUCACCUCUCUUGUCCUGUAUUGUUCCAGAGUGCCACACUGCCAAUCAGAAUGAGAGGCUCAUCUGCACCCAGCUCUUUCCUCCAGGAGAAAAUGGAGGAGCUCCAGUUAAACAAAGACAAACGCAAGGAGCCAGACUGAACCCCGGUGCAUGGCCAAGACAGAAAAAGACUGCGCCUCAAUUUAGUAUUUGGGAAUAGACUGUUUAAACACAUUGAACACAUUUCAUUACAUGUAACAAAGAACCGAACUGUGCACACACCUUCUACAGAUGCAUUAAUGUUACGAAAACUUGAGUGGAAACCAUCGUGAUAUCAGCCUACACCUUCAGAGCCAUUUUGGACGAGAACAGAACCGAGAGAUAAUCACCAGCAUCCACUGCCAAUAUAUAUGAAUAUUAAUGAAUAUUUCUACAGAAGCAUCCAAAGUUGGACUAUCAGAGUACUGCUUUCACCACUACUGCCUGCGUGUAAGAGUUAAGGACUUUCCUAUGCACCUCUACACCACCCGCACGAUUAAACCACAGGGAGAAAAAAAAAAAAAAAGGUGCUUACUGCCACAGCUGUGUUCAUGUGUACCAAAAAAGCUUGACAUUUAGCCUUUUGUGUUCACACUGACGCCUGUGUUUUGUACUGUGAAUUACAUCGAGAUGUGUUGAGGAUGUCGUCUGUGUCUCGUGUCAUAGGAAUGUAAAUCGCUCUGGCUUGCCAAAAGUCCAUGUCGGCUGGUGCUGUACUCCCAUAAUGCAUCACUUUCCCUCAGAGUAGGGAAGAAGGCUACUGAAUACACUUAGCCAGUGGGGAAUGCAGGAAAUGAACACUGUGGACUCAGUGUUUGUUUGUUUGUUUGUUUUUUAAAUGUUUCCUCUAACAACAUUCCACCGAAUGUAUGUUUCCAACUUGAAUGUGUGUCUUACUAAAUCCUGAACUUAGGCUGUAAAUAUUUAUUUAUUGAGAAUGUAUUAAUAUGAAUCUACAGUAUUUUUCACCUUAGAGCACUGCCAGAUUUCUGGUCAUGACUGUGGAGGGGGAAUAAAAAAAUAAAUAAAAAAUAAAGACAUUUGUUUUACUA